AUGCCAUCCCGUCUCAGGAGAAUGUUUAAUGCGUCAGUGUAUUUUGUCUCUUUUACCAUGAGCAUAUUCGUAGGAAUAUUCUUCCUCAUACAGAAGGACUUUGAUGGAAAGUCAAUUCUUGCAGUUUCACUGUACCUAAUCUGUUCUUUAUUCGAAGGAAUCCUGUACGCCAGCAAAUGGUACAUGCGAAAUAAAAGGAGAAGAGAAUUAAGGAAUAAAUCCCUGGUGCGCAGAAGGUAUGGGAGUGGUGAGAUAAGAAUGCCACCAAUUGGAGUGAGCACAGAGAAUAAGCAUAUGAGGGCAAAAUGUGAUUUUAUAUACAAUGGGACUAUUUAUAUAAGGAAGGGCGAGACUGUAGAACUCUUGAAAGUCAUUGGAUCUUAUUAUUCUGUCAGGACAUCCACAGGCGUAGAGUACAUUGUCCCAAAAGAAAACUUCUAUUAG